GGAGGAAGGGGCUCGAGGAGACAGCCAGGGGGCGCCGGAAGGGGCGCGCGGGGCGGUUGGCCUCGGCCGGGGCGGCAGCCGUUGGCGAGCUGCGGCCUGCCAGGCGAGGUCAGGUGUCUGGCCGGGCUUCAGCCACAAUGACCGAGGACUCACCCACCCCCUUGGGUGGCAGCCGCACGUCACCCAAAAGGCUAGGAAGCCCCGGCCAGGCGGCAGCAGUCCUGGAGGAGCAGAGGCGAGAGCUGGAGAAGCUUCGGGUCGAGCUGGAGGAGGAGCGCGCGCGCGGGCGAGCCGAGCGGCGGCGCUUCACGGCCGAGGCACGCCGGGUGCGGGAGGCGGCAGAGCGGGAGCGGCAGCAGCUGGCGGACCACCUGCACUCCAAAUGGGAGGCACAGCGCUUUCGGGAGCUGCGGCAGCUGCAGGCGGAGGUGCAGCGGGAGCGCGAGGCCGAGAUCCGGCAGCUGCUGCGCUGGAAGGAGGCCGAGCUGCGGCAGCUACAGCAGCUGCUGGGCCGUGAGCGCGACGGCGUGGUGCGCCAGGCCCGCGAUCUGCAGCGCCAGCUGGCCCAGGAGCUGGUGAACCGCGGCUACUGCAGCUGCAGCGGGACGCCCGAGGUCCCCGCCGAGCAGUGCCGCUGUCGCCUGCAAGAAGUGCUGCGGCAGCUUCGCUGGGAGACUGACGGCGAGCAGGCCGCGCGCAUCCGCCACCUGCAGGCGGCGCUCGACGUGGAGCGCCAGCUGUUCCUCAAACACAUACUGGAGCACUUUCGCUGGCAGCCCCCUUUACCAGGGCCUCCCGACCCCCAGGCCGAUAAUUCCUCGGAAGAGCCACUCCUCGAAACUGCCAAAAGUGCUCGCCGCACCCUAAAGCCCCCCCUUCGACUUGGGGCCUCCGCCGCGGUCCGCGUUCGCUCCCGCUCUUUGGAGAGGUUCCCGGAGGCGCGCUCCGGCUCCCCUGAUGGCAGGCUCCCCGCGCGCGCCAGCUCCCUGGAUUUCUUGGCGAAGGCUUCUUGCUGCUCGCUCUACAGCACGCUGAGUUGCCCCAAGGCCUCCGAGUCUGAGGCGCCAGCAUCCUCGACAGACACCUUUGUCGCGGGCUCCCCAAAUUCCUCGCCGCCUAGGUCACACAGAAAACCAAAAGACCCGCGCGGAGGAGAAGGCUGUGGAAACCAGCCCCCAGAAGGUCUGACGCCCUCACCGCUGGGCCGCAACUACUGUGCACUGGUGAAGCGGAACUCGGAGCUGAGCGAAGCGUUGCAGAGGCUGGCACGCUGCUGCUCGGAACUGCGCGAAGAUAACCUGCAGCUGCGGCGCGGUGGCGGCCCACGCGAGGACGAGAAGGUGAAACGGCUCAAGAUGAAGCACGCGGAGCUGGCAGGCCUCGCACAGCGCCUGGAGGACCGUGCCCGAAAGCUGCAAGAGACCAACCUGCGAGCGCUGAGUGCGCCCGUGCUAGGCGAGAACCGAGCCGGCCUGGAGCUGUGCCAGGCCCUUGCCCGCCAGCGCGCCAGGGACUUGUCAGAGCAGGCCAGCGUGCUGCUAGCCAAAGACAAACAGAUCGAAGAGCUGAAGCAGGAGUGCCACCUGUUGCAGGCGCGCGUAGCCACCGGCCUAGACAGCCCUUCGCAUCCUGCAGGGGGCGUCCCUCAUGCGCAGCGGCUCAACUUCAGCGAUUUGGACCGGCUGCAGCGCGAGUCCCAGCGGGAAGUUCUGCCCCUACAGCGGCAAUUGACGCUGCAGCAGGGCAAGGCAUGCGCCCGGUCAGAAGUGACAAGCCAGAGCCCACACUGCGAGGAGUCACGACGCCGGGUGCAGGCACUGGAGCGCGAGUUGGACGCAGAGCGGCGCAAUUCCAAGGCGUUGAGCGUGCAGGCUGCGGCGGCACAGAGGCACGGCGAGGAGGCAGAGGCACAACUGCAGGCAGCGCUGUGCAAGGGCGCCUGCCUGACGGAGGAGAACGAGCGACGGCAGGCCCAGUCCCACUGGGUGCGAAAGGUGGCUGGCGAGAAAAGCGACGUACACGGGCAGCUGGGCCGCGCGUGCCAGGAGCGCGACGCCGCCGGCCUUCUGGCCGAGCAGCUGCUUCAACAGGCGGCGCUCGGGCAGAAUAGGCAGCAGCAGCUGCAGCACGACCUGCAGAAGGCCCUGAGCGACCUGCAGGCUGCCAGGAAGGAGUUGAAGACAUUGCAAGAUCAGCUUGGCCAUCUUCCCGAGCAGCCACAGGAGGCCACCCAAGCCCUGGUGUCCCAAGCCACAGGUGGAGGAAGGCACAAGUUCCAGUCACAGGCUGAAGACUGUGCACCAUCACAGCCUACCAAAGAGCAGCCUCCUGUUUGUCCCACCCUGCAGGAAGGUCCAGUUCCCCUUGGGGAACCAGCUAGUUCCCUCCUUGUGUCAGACAGAGUCCCUGCCAACCAGCAUCUGGACUCCAGGUGUCAAGCCAAGAAAACCAGCUCCCAGUCUACCUCCUUCUCUGAGGUGGAGUCCAUGUGGGCCACUGUGCCAUCUUGCCUUACUCUGGAUGUGGACACAGCCAGUGAGGUGGAUGAUCUGGAGCCAGACAGUGUAUCUCCCUCACUGGAAGUGAGGGACCCUGAGGCACCCUCUACCUCCAAGCUCAAGAUCUUCCAGGCUAGAUAUAGCUACAAACCAUUUGAGGGACCCAAUGAGCAUCCUGAGAGUGAGCUACCCCUCACAGCUGGGGAUUAUGUGUAUGUCUUUGGGGAUUUGGACAAAGAUGGUUUCUAUGAAGGGGAGCUUGAGAAUGGCCAGCAGGGGCUGGUGCCCUCCAACUUGUUAGAACAGAUUCCAGACAGCCCCUACCUAAGCAACCUGUCUCCCAGGUCACUUGAGUCCCCAAAUCACUUAGGCCCCACCAUACUACCUGUUGGACAGAGUAAAGCCUCAAAGGAAGCCAGCUUAUUACUUGGGGAGGGCCAGGGAUCAGUGGAUAGAGGGCCAGGCCAGGUGGGAAGAGAGGGUUCCAAAACAGAAAAGGCAAUAGAGAACUUAGAGAUCAAGAAAGAGUCCUGCUGGCUGGACUCAUCACAGAAUAUUCAAGAGCAGAGCUUCUGCAUACCCUGUCUGGGGACCAAAGGAUUGCCCUUUGUGGGCCCUACGCAACUGCAUUUGCAGAGAGUCACAGCCACAUCUGCUGAAAUCGCCUGGGUCUAUGGCAGUAGCAGACACCCCCAUGUGGUGUACCUUGAUGACCAGGAACAUGCCCUGACCCCCUCAGGUGUGAGCUGCUACACCUUUCAAGGCCUACAUCCUGGCACACAGUACCAGGCUCAGGUGGAGGUGGAGGUGGGGCUGCCCUGGGACUUGGAGCAGGUGUCCUGGGAAACGGUGUCCUCCACCAUUACCUUCAACACACCCUUAGCAGGACCCCCAGACCCUCCACUGGAUGUGCUGGUGGAGCACCAUACCUUGCCAGGCUUCCUAGUGGUCACCUGGAUCCCUGUGACCAUUGACUCAGCUGGAUCCUCCAAUGGAGUGCAAGUCACUGGCUAUGCUGUGUAUGCAGAUGGACUCAAGGUUGCAGAGGUCACUGAUGCCACUGCUGGGAGCACUCUGUUGGAAUUGUCCCAGCUACAGGUACCCCUAACAUGCCAGAAGCUCUCAGUGAGAACCAUGUCACUGUGUGGUGAGUCUCUGGAUUCAGUGCCGGCUCAGAUCCCUGAGGACUGCUUCAUUUAUGACUUAUUACCAGAGAUUCCUCCCUUGAGCAACACCUGUGGUGACCCAUUCUCCUUCAGAGUCACCUUCCCCAUCUACCAUCAGAAGAUGGUGCUGGCUUCUUUGAAUACCAGAGUGGGCCCUCACUCCCCUGAGAGCUGUGGGGAACCUCAGGCCAAGUUUCCAGAAGUACUGCCUGAAGAACCCCUGAGGAAGCACCCCCCAUUGUCCAACCUGAGCUCAGAAGAAGCUGGCAAGCAAGCCCAAGGGCCCACAGAGGUCCAGAAGGGCUGCAGAAAGGACCUGCCCUUUCAGAAGAGUCCCCAGAACCACAGGCCACUUCCGCCCAGUGGCCAGUCUGUGAUAGAGGAAAACCACUAUGGGCACAUGAACACCAGCAAAGGCUCAUCUCCAUGCUUCAACCAUCUGUCCCCUAAGUGUGGGCCCAGGAAAGAGCUGUGUCAGGAGAAGGCUGCCCAUGAGAAGGCUCUUAGGCAAAAGCAAGAUGCCCAAGUGUCCACACCUUCCCAGCAGGGCACCAGCCAGCAGUAUGCAGCUGACUCCUAUAACAUAUUGGAGGAGGAGAUGAUCUUGGCUCCUUGGUACACAGGGACGCAAGAGCAGAAAGAGAAGCUUGGGCCCCAGUGCAGGCAAGGACAGGCUCUGGUGGGCAAGAAAGAGUGCCAGCUCUGUGAGCCCACCUCCAUGCUAGAUCCAGCUCCAUCCAACAAGGUCAUUAAGAUGUCUUGAGGUGGUCCCCCACAGCUAGGGCCAGAGGCCAACACUCCAGCCAGGAUAUUUGUGGCCCUCUUUGAUUAUAAUCCCCUAGCAAUGUCUGCCAACCCCAAAGCUGCAGAGAAGGACCUAGCCUUCCAGAAAGGUCAAUUUCUGAGAGCAUGGGGUUCUCAGGACCCCUAUUGCUUCUACCAUGCCGAGUGCAAUGGACAAGUGGGCAAUAUCCCUGGGCACCUGGUGGCUGAGGUGGAGGUGGGCACAGAACAGCCUGACAGGAGGUGGCAUUUGCCAGCACAAGGGCACCUGCCUUCUGUGGACCACCUUGAGGACUUUGAGGGGCCCACCAGGCCCCAGGUUUCCUUCCUCAGGCCCCAAGGGAACUCCAGGGGACCUGCACUGUGGACCCCAAAGACCAUGAUGGUGGCUCUGGACUAUGAUCCCAGGGAUAGGAAAGCAGGGAGCAGGGCAAAGGGAAAAUUGGCUCUGAGGGCUGGGGAUGUAGUCACUGUCUUUGGGCCUGUGGAUGAUAAGGGAUUCUAUUAUGGUGAGUUGGGUGGCCACAGAGGCCUGAUCCCAGCCCACCUGCUGGAUGACUUAUCUGUCCACAGAGAGUGAGCAAGGCUUGCUGCAGGAGCAGUAGCCUCUGGCUGCCCACACCCUCGGAAGGAGAAGCAAGCACGUACACCCUCAUACAGCAUCCCUCCUGGCCACCUCCUUAAGCAACAUUUGCUCCAGGCACCACUGUGUUCAGCUGAUGGCAUGCCAGGUGUUCCCAUCCUCAGAAAGCAGCAGGGUUUGAAUCUGAGUUGAAUUGUUUCCAAAAGAAAACAAAGCAGGCUGAUGUCUGAGAGUUUCAGAGUCAAGGAUGACUAUGAUACUUAUUUGGACAAGUGCCUUUUUCUGGGGGAGAAUAUGUGUUUUCUUUAACAGGUUAACAUUCUUUGUGUAUUGCCUUGAAUGAAAAUCUCAAGAAAAGUCUGCAUCUUAA